AUGUCUGAACCUACAAGCGAGGAAGUUAGACAACUUGUUUCAGCAUUCCAAAAGUUAAAAACAUGGCCCAAAGCAGAUAGUGCUGAAGAGUUAGUUGAGUGGAUGUCUAGCUAUGUACAGUCAGCAGAUACAUCAGGUUCUUCAAAAGCUGAUUUCCCAACAUCCAUUACUUUAAAUCAACCUCCAAAAUUGCCUUUCUUUUCAGGUGACUCCAAGUGCGAAACAACGUUCGAUGUUUGGAAACAUCAGUAUAACUGUUUAUUGAAAAAUGAAUCUUUGUCUCGUAGGGUGUUAUUUAGAGUAGCACAGCAGUCAUUGCGUGGCAAAGCUGCUACAGUUGCUAUGAGUGUGGGACCUGAUGGUGAUGUAAAUGAAUUAGUUGCUAAGCUUGAAGAUAUGUUUGGUAGUGUUGUCCGUGGUCAAAGUCUUCUUUCAGAAUUCUAUAGAGCACGUCAGACAGAAGAUGAAGAUGUUACAUCAUGGGCAUGUCGACUUGAGGAGAUACUCAACAGAGCUUCAGCCCAUGAUGGUCUCACGCCUACAUCCAGGGAUGAACUGCUGCAUAAUCAGCUGUGGUCAGGACUCAGGGCAGAUCUUAGAGACAAGUCAGCAUACCUGUUCGACCAAGGUGGAAGCUUUGGAAAUCUUCUGAGGUCGUUGAGACGUAUGGAAGCUGACAUGUCAGAGAGACAGCCAACAAAGAAGACUAUUAGUAAAGCUGCCACAUCAACUGAGACAUCUGAACUACAGGAGAUGAAAGGUAUGAUAAAACAGCUAUCAGCCGAUGUUGCUAAACUUAAGAACUCUCUUCUGGUAACUAUGCUAAACCUACGACACAGCAGCAGCCACAUCGAUACUGGAGACAACAGCAGCCACAACAGCCACAAUCGCGCCCGUUUGUCGAGCAAAGACAGCGUCAACCACCAAGAGGUGAACCAGUUUGUUUCCGUUGUGGACAACCAGGACACCUGA